CGUUCCCAAACAAACAGACAGUUCCGUAUCUUGGCUCCAGCGCUCUUUGCUGACGACAAGCAGUUCUUUGUCUCAUUCAUGGUCUCGUGGUCCUCAUUAUUUAUUUAAAGGUUUUUUAUUUAUUUUAUCCGAUGUGCCAUCCAGCGUUUUCUUUUGAUGUCGUCUCUAUGUCGUCUAUGUUGACCUGGGCCGUCUGCGUUUGGAUAAAAGGAGGCUAAAGUGGAUUCAUUCAGCUUCGUGCGAUGAUUAACUUACAGCACCUUCUUCUUCCGAGUGUUAUUUUGUUCCUUCUCUGUGGCAGAACUGCAGCUAUAAGGGUCAUUGGUCAGAGUGCAACAGUUACAGUAGGACAAGACGCCACAUUGUUCUGUCAGCUGGUUGAGACAAAUGAGAGACUGACACGGAUUACAUGGCAAAAAAGGACACGAGAAAUCCUCACAAAUAAGAACUUUUUCUACAUUACCCCAGAAGGCAAAACAGAAAGCGUAAACGGAUUAGGAGACAGAACUGAAUUUAUUGGGGACAUUAAAGAAAUCAUCGGAACGAUUCUUUUGAGGAAAGUUACAUUACUAGAUGAAGGAAUUUACACUUGCAUCUUCAACGUAUUCCCAAGUGGACCAUUUGAAACAGAAAUACAUCUCAACAUACAAGUUGCUCCUGUUGUCGAUGUGACCACUGAUGUGAUUCCUGUUGCUGGUGGGUCUGAAGUGAUCUUAGCCACCUGCACUGCUGUUAAGGCACGGCCUGCUGCAGAUGUGUCCUGGAGGCUGGGUGCUCUGAGCACCUCUGUAAAAGUACAGACCAACAUUUCUGCAGACCCUGAUGGAACCUUCGCUGUCAAAAGCUUCCUGACUGGUGUUGCAUCCAAAGACCUAAACCAGCAGAAGGUUCAGUGUUUAGUGAACCACACCACCUGGAAGGAGGAGCUGAUACUAGACUAUGCUCUAAUUAUUCACUAUCCUCCUCAGGUUGUGUAUAUUAUUUCAGUCAAUGUUGUAACGUCUGAAGAAUUUCAGUGUGUAGUUGAUGCCAACCCACGACCAACAUUCACCUGGAGCAGGGAAAACAAGGCUCUUUCCAGGCAUGUUGAUGCUGACAGGCUGAUAAUCCCACUGACUUCUGAUAGUAAUGGCUUGUAUCUCUGUAAUGUCUCAAACCAGUAUGGAAAUGGCACAGGUACCCUUUACAUGCAAGUUUCCAGAGAAUCCACCACUGUCUGUUGGGGUUUGUUCACCUUUCUCCUCCUUGGCUUUAUUGCUACUUGUUUAUUGGAAUGGAAAUUUAACGUAUUUGAGAGAUUAAGAACAUUCCUUUCAGAAUUGAGAAACAGAACUAGGCAUGAUCCUGUGUCUACGGGUAGUUCCAUGUCACACUCAAGAAGUAGAAGUCAAGACCACCAAGACAGCAGUGAAAGCCAAUAAGACUGAGAGCCUGUCCAGCUUUAAUAACCUGGAGCUGGAACAGGAACUACAGCAGAAGAGGAGAGAAAGAAGAACUGGUGACAACAUUGAGCCCUCAUUCACCAGGCUUGGGCUCACCAACACCAGGACUUCUGUUCAUCCAUUAUUAUUCCUUUUUUCUUCCUCUCCAAGGGGACCAUACCUUGUCGUGGUGGAGAGGCUUUUACACUACCGGUCAAAAGUUUGGGCACACACUUUCCUCAAUUUUUCAAAAUAUUUCCACAAAGAAAUAAUACAAAUGGAAUUUUGCAGAUACCAAAAAAUGGUGAAACCAGACCAUCUACUAGUUUAGGUUAAUUCAGCUUUUGUUGGUGUACACACUCUUGAUCAUUAUCUCAAGCAGCUUCAUGUGCAUUUAAUCACAAGUUAUUUAGAUCAAAAUGUAUUUACGAUGAAAAAGUAAGGUGUGUCCAAACUCUUGACUGGUAGUGUACCUCUUUUUUUUUUGAGGAAACAAAAUGGUCCACUCAUAUUUCUCUUACUUGUGUGUACAUCAGAUAACAGCUAAUGUAAAUCUGGAUUCAUGCCACAGACAGAGAGUAGGGAACCCAGGUUUGCAGAAAAGAUGGUUUUAUUUGAGGAGCUCUGUCCAGUCUGUCACCAACCCUAGUCUGAAAAAAACAGGUUUACCCAGGGCUUUUAACUCUAAAGCUCCCCACUCCAAGAGCGUCACACAGAGCCGAGUGGGAGAUCUGAAUCCUGUCGCAAGAAAGAUUUUUUGAUAUGGACGCGGUAACGCAACCUCUCACAUGCGACCGGCAAGAUGGCGGCCUCCAGCAUCUAAACAAAAUACAAACAGUAUCGCUGGAAUAUCUUUGGAUUACCUGCUUUCCUACUCGUGAAAUAUCACAUCCCAAUGACCUGGAAGCCCUAGAAGAACUCAUUGACCAGUACUGCCUCCAAGUUUGCAGCAUGAAUCCAGACCAUGGAGAAGAAAAACCAAAGGAAAAAUGAAAGCUACACCUACCUGAAAAAGACCGCGUCCACCCAGUUCACCCGAAGACUGAGCAACAAGCAAGUCCAGCACAGAGGUUUGUGACGUCCUAAUCUCCAUCGACAAAACAAACUAGCCACUCAAGAAUCUCACUAGUUGAAAUCCUGCAUGAAGAAUUCCAAUCCUUCUAUUUAACUAUCUACCUACCUCCUAAGAGGUACAAACUAGGCCGCCACAUGAACACAUAUUUCUUUCCUUGAUUCUCUCUCUUUCUCCCUCCUUGUUUUAAAUUAUUAAAGUUUUCUUUUUAUAUAUCAAUGGUUCCAACUGUAAUAACUGCAAUUUCCCUCUAGGUAUUGGCUCUCAAGAUAAAAAAUAAAUAAAUAAAUCAAAAUACUCCAACAUCUCAACCGAUUAAAAGCUGACAUAUGCCUCCUACAAGAAAUGCAUUUAACAGAAUCUGACAAAUACACUAAAAUCAGUUAACUGUACCCACAUAUUUACUGCCAGCUUCAAUUCUAGACAGAGAGGCAUAGCAUUGCUAAUAAAAUAAGAAAAUAUUUUUUUUUAUAAUUCCACAGUUGCAGACCCAGAAGGACAAUUUAUCAUAAUAAAUAUCACUAACAACAUUUUCACCAUUGCAAAUGUCUAUAGCCCAAAUACGGACACAUUUAAACCCCACAUUCAUGACUUCUUCACAUAGGUUUUCAACAUAUAUAAUUCCUCAGUAAUAAUAGGUGGUGAUUUUAAUACAGUUCUAGACUCGUCCUUCGAUAGAUCAGCCCAAACUUACAUUGAACUUCACUGAAAUGAUAAAAGAAACAGUUCAUCCAUGUUUUUGGUCUUGGUGAUGGAUGGUGACUAAGACAUCCUAGUACCAAAGAAUUCACCUUCCAUUCUUUAGCACAUAAUUCUUUCUCACGCAUCGACUAUUUUAUAACUAACAACUCUUUGAUGUCAAACAUCUCACAUACAAAAAUUCACCCUAUCACAAUCAGUGACCAUGCCCCCACCUCAAUCAUAUAGAAUGGGAACCAACGACUCAAAACAUCCUUUACGUGGCACUUUAACACAUCAUUAAUCAACGAUUAGGAAUUCAGUAACUACAUCAAAUGUGGGCAUCCUUUCUAGAAAUAAAUGAUACCCCUGAAAUCUCGUCAUCACUGUUUACGGGAGAUGGGCAAAGCAGUAUUAAGAGGAAAAAUAAUAUCAUAUGCUACCUAAAAGAAAAAGAAAAACAGAAAAUGAAGUAAAUCUAGAAUCAAAAAUUAAAGAAUGGAGAGCAUGAUCUACCGAUCUGAAGAUAUGUUAAGGGAACUUAAGUAUGAGUUUAGUGAAUUGACAAAUAAGAAAAUCAAAUUCCUGAUACAAAGAUGUGAAAACAUUGAAUACACUAACAAAUCAGGAAAGCACUUAAACUUCUCCACCUGGAUGGAAAAAGGCAUCACACAUCUCUAACAUUUAUCACAAUGAUAUCUUUGUCACUCCCACAACUAAUCCAAAAAUAUGGCAUCAGGAGCACUCAGUUUUCACAAUACCAGAUAAGCCAACUACGAUCAGUAAUAUGUCCAAAAAAUCAACUCAAAAGAGUUGCAAAAGUCACAAGACUUACUGAUUCCAAUUUCAGAAUUUAUUAACAUCAGCACUAAUAAAAAAAACUGUAAACAUGUAAACACAGAUAACGUGCAAUUUAUCCCUAGGUAAAGGUUGUCAUAAGACUCAUAAGGGUCAGAUUAAAAUCUGUUGGAAGGGGAAUUGAUGAGUCACAUUAAGGUCAGCGAUAUUACGGGCGUCAUGGAAAAACAUGAUUUCUGUUGUUUAGUAGGUGUGGACUUGAUGUAAAUUGCAUUUUAAUUGCAGACAACCAGAGCUUUUUAGAAAAUAGAUUCCAAAUCUCCAAAAAAGUUGUGACGCUGUGCAGAAUGUAAAUAAAAAUAUAAUGCAAUGAUAUUCAGAUCAUGUGAACCAUAUUUUUUAAUAUAAUAAAAAAAAAACUGCUAUCCAAAAUAUAUCAAAUAAUAGCUAAACAGACCUCACAGCUACUAUAUCAAUCAGACAAUGGGAG